GUAUUCGCCGGAGCUUGGGGAAGGAAGUCUCUCUGUGGAGGUCUGAGGGGAAGCGCUCAUGCCAGGUAGACAAUGCUCUGUCAUCAUGGGUAAGGGUGACCCCAACAAGCUGCGGGGCAAAAUGUCCUCAUAAGCCUUCUUCGUGCAGACCUGCCGGGAGGAGCACAAGAAAAAGCAUCCCGACUCGUCGGUCAACUUCGAGUUCUCAAAGAAAUGCUCCGAGAGAUGGAAGACCAUGUCUGCAAAGGAAAAGUCGAAGUUUGAGGAUUUGGCCAAGAGCGACAAAGCUCGUUAUGACAGGGAGACGAAGAACUAUGUCCCUCCCAAAGGUGAUAAGAAAGGAAAGAAAAAAGAUCCAAAUGUUCCGAAGAGACCACCGUCUGCCGUCUUCCUGUUUUGCUCUGAACACCGCCCAAAGAUCAAAAGUGAACACCCUGGCCUGUCUAUUGGAGAUACUGCAAAGAAAUUGGGUGAGAUGUGGUCUGAGCAAUCUGCCAAAGAUAAACAACCGUAUGAGCAGAAAGCAGCUAAACGAAAGGAGAAGAAUGAAAAGGAUACUGCUGCAUACCGUGCCAAGGGCAAAGGUGAAGUGGGAAAGAAGGGUUCUGGUAGGCCAACAGGCUCAAAGAAGAAGAAUGAACCAGAAGAGGAGGAAGAAGAGGGGGAAGAAGAGGGGGAAGAAGAAGAGGAGGAAGAUGAAGAGGAGGAAGAAGAGGGGGAAGAAUAAGUGGCUGUCCUAAAGUGUGGAGUACAUGCUCAGACAAUUAUUUUGCCAAGAAUGUGAAAUUCAAGUGCACUCAACACUAGCUUCAGCAUAAAAACUGUACAGAUUUUUGUAUAGCUGAUGAGAUAUUCUUUGUAGAGAAGAUACUUUUUAAAAAGUUUGUGGCUUUUUCAAGGGCUACAACGUACAGUUAGAUUUAAAGCUUUUGAUGUUGAAUGUUUCUGAAUAUUUAAUGGUUUCUUUAAUUUCUUAUGAUAGCAAAAGAAAAAAAAAAACUUCAUAGGAAUUUGUAUUACCAGUAAAAAAAAGUUUUUUAGGAUGUUGCAUUUUUGGGGGUUUUUUUUUUUUUAAUUUGUAAUAAAAUAAU